UUAUUAUUAAAGCUCAGGUUCGCUUCACUCAUCAUCAGCUGGACUUAAUGAGUUUGUCAGUGAUUAAAGAGCCUGUGUGCUGCUGAUGAACUGGGCUGGAUUCUGCCUCUUCACCGCUCUGCCCUUAAAAUGGAGUUUGUGGAGAGGAAGCGGAGCAGGAAAUCGCAGAGCUUUAAACUGGUGAAUGAUGCAGAUUUUAGCCAUGAAAUGGAUGAUGUAGACCAGAAUGACACUGAAGGAGAUGCCCUGGAUGCUUCUGAGACUGAAGUCUGGUUAGGUGAUGAAGGGAUGGAGAUAAAGAAGCAGAUAACAGGCAUGAUGCGCUUGCUGAGUGACAAGACAGGACGAGUGUAUCAGCGGGUUGGACGAGAGGGUGAGACCCUCAAACAGGAGCCUCAGGAGGAGGCUCUCAGCUUGCCUGUGGCUCAGAGCCCGGCCCCUGAACAUCUCCAGUACGGCUGGAACUCAGUCCUGAUGACUCACGGGCAGUACAGCACCCGCUCCAAAACCCAGAGGAUGCUCAAUCACUCAAAAGCUAAUGACAUGGCCUUGCCCCCUGCACCUGCUGCCAUGGCAACUGAGCCCAGCUGCUGUAUGUGCAACUGCAAAAGCACCCUGCAGGCCAUUCUGCUGGAGUUACGUACCAUGAGGAAACUAUUCCAAAGUCAGAGAGGAUGCCAGGACAAACAGGGCUCCCAGGACUCACUCUUGUCCCGAACCUCCAUCUCCAAGAGGAGGAGCCGAAAGAGGAGGCCGGGUCACAGAGUUACAGUUCUGACCACACCCACUAAAAGAACCACACCUCUGUCGCCACCCGCUGAGACCGAUGCUGUUAAUGAGUGUAAUCAGUCACGAGAGGACACACCCCCAACAGUGACAUCAUUUAUUCCAGAUCCCAUUCCCAGUGCCAAGACUCCUUCCUCUCACUACAGCGUCACCAGAGGCCAAAGCACCACAGAGCCGGAGGUGCAGUUGGCCGAGGAUUAUGACAUAUUUAUUCCUAAAGCACAGUUGGACUCUAUCUUACUGAACUACACUCGCUCUGGCAGCCUGCUCUUCAGGAAACUGGUGUGUGCGUUCUUUGAUGAUACCACACUGGCAAACUCACUGCCCAACGGCAAAAGGAAGAGAGGUCUGAACGACACCAGGAAAGGACUCAAUCAAAACAUAGUCGGAGCCAUUAAAGUGUUCACAGAAAAGUAUUGCACAGCCAAUGGAAUUGAGAAGCUUCCUGGCCCCAGAGACUGGGUCCAGAUUCUGCAAGACCAGAUUAAACUUGCGCGUCGACGCUUAAAAAGAGCAGAGACUGCCUCAGACAGUAGUGAUAUUCAGCACAAAACAGAGAAAUGUCAGCAAACUGUUGAUAAAGUGGAAACUGUGACGCAAAAUGGUGCUGCUUAUGAGAGAACAGAAUGUCUAGUGGCUAUGGACACUGCCUGAGAAGAGAUUGUUUUCAACAAAACGCAACCUCCGACCCCCGCAAAGGAGUAAUUUUUAAUUGUGUUUCUCAACCCUGGUCCUGGGCGCCCCCCAGCACUGCACAUUUUGCUUGUCUCCCUCA